UGUCAUAGCAUAGGGACAAAACUUUAAAUACAAUUUGUACCAGCCUAAUUUAUUCAAAAAUAAUUUUGCCUUCAUCAAAAACUAUUUUGAUUCAUUGCCAUCCUAACUGAGGUGAGGCCUAAUUUUAAAAAUGAACUUUUCACAUAAAGCUCGUAGACCCACCUUCACAUAUGUUGAUUCAGAAUCGAAAACGGAACAAAUGUCUGUCUGGCAAAUGGCUGAACCGAUUUAGGCCAGACCGGUCGCAUUUGAUUUGGAUUUGGUCCAUAAAUCGACUUUAAAAAAUAUAGUUUCGAUAAGGAGUUCAAAAGUUAUGUUGACAAAUGUGUUUUCGCAUUUAAAUCUAUGUAUUUUUCGAAGCCGGGUCUCACUUCCAUGUUUGAAAACUAAGUCCAGAUCCAUCGUCCGACUUAUCGUUGGAAAGGUAAUCCAAAAUUCAAAAAUAAACCAAACGAGUUUAAAUGAUCCACGCUCUGGCUACUCUGUCCAUACUUGUUGAGACUAGAUCUUAAUUGAACUUAGUUGGUUCCUUGUUUAAUGCGCAUUUUGUUUCCAAAAAGUUUAUAAUCUAUCCGAAAAUUAUUUCCGAAUCUUUUGUGACACCAACCACGUAGGUAAAUUAUGUAUUUUUUUUGUUUACAAAAGAUUAAUCUAAAAAACGAAGUUGACUUUAUAGCUGUCGGCCACCAUUGCUAGUACCAACCACUAGUGUCUUCCUUUUUAUCUACAAGGACUUCGCCGCCCUGGGCUCCUAAGUGUAUGAAAGUAUGGCACGGAGCGACGGCGCCGAAUACCCAUAUUUACACAAAGCAUUUUAGAGCGCCCACCGCGAGAUUCGAACCAGCGACCUCUGGAUUGUGAGUCCAGUGCGCGGUCCGAUUGAUCCACACGGGCGGGAGAUUAAACUAAACCAUUGUCUUUUUUCAAUGAUUAAGUAGUGAUAGGUUCUGAGUCAAUUUAGAUGAAAAUAUUUUUAAAUUCAUUUUCUUCAAAAGUAAAAACUCUCACCAUGUAGGCCACGUAGCUGACCCUAUUAAAAUGCGCUAAUGAUGAUAAUAGCCUCAAGGAACAAAAUCGAGAGUGACGUGCCUACAAUUUUUAAUUCAAACAGGUGCACACCACACAGGAGAAAAAAAAGGAUCGUAACUCGACCAGAAAAGGAGUGGCACUUAACCCUUAACCUGGUGUGGCGCUGUGGUGAAGAAUGCAACACGCGAUUCUUGGCUGGUGAUCCCGGCCAAGUGAUAGUGGUGUGUAGUGAUAGUGGUUUCAGUGGUUCAGAUGAGCUCUUCCGUGGUUUGUGGCGCUGCGCGGAAACUAUCAAUCAACGUGAGAGGAACGUAAAUUUUCGUAUAUAAAUUAGUGUGCAACUAAUGCUCGUGGCUGAGUUUUAACUAGCAAGUGAAGGGAGAGAAGACACAGGACGAAAAUAUAUUUGCCGAGCGAAAGGUUUCCCCACAAAAGUGUUCCAUAGCUUAGUACGGACGUAGUACACACGAGCUACUUGCAGACGAUAACUAACCGAGAAUAAAAGAUGAUUACGGGAUAAUGACAGUGGCCGCAGGAGUCCGAGGAGUCGAUUUGGCGGUUCCAUAACCUUGAGCCACGCCGUGCCACGUCGCCAUGCUAUGGGUAUAAACAUGUUCAACCGAAAUGAUGACCGCUCCGGAACUGCUGGACCACGGUCACGGUACGACUACUACUGCUCGACGUCAUCACAGUCAUCAUCGGUGGAAAAUCAAAAGUAUGUCUCCGCGGACCAGACCAGCAGCCUGUUUGGCGAUCCGGUCGUUCCGACGUCCCGCCAUGCGGACCUGCUCGAGGGUGGCGAUCUGUACCAGAACCUCAAGAACAACAUCGAACUGUACCACUCGAAGCUGUACAACGAGCAGGAGAAGCAACGCCAAGCCGAGCGGGACCGGAUGUUUAACCAGUUUACAAGCGGGGCCCAGCAGCAGCGCCACCAGGUGACGUCCUCGGCGACGACGACCAGCACGAGCGGGAGUACGAAGAAUCCGUCGCUCGCCGGAAAUGUGGUCAACUAUGUGAACGAUCCGAUGAGGAGGUUCUCACGGACGCAGUCGGCCAGCAUUGCGGUGGAUCUGUCCGGGAGCAGACCCACCCUGCCCGACAUGGACAUGCUGAAGCACAACGACUGGAUCAACUUCUCCGAGUACGAGUACCAGAACAGCUUGAUCCCGAAGACGAGCCAAACGGUGUCCGAGGUGCAGCAGUUCGUGAACAACAACCUGAGCCGUACGAUCGAAAACGGUGUCUUCCAGAACCCGCGGGUGGCGGCGAUGCGCUCCCGACGCAACUCGAUGAGUGACAAUCUGUACGCGGGUGCGGGUUCCGUCGGAACCGGGUACGAAACGCUGGACAAUGUAAAACCCUCGACGUUUACGAUUUUGGGUCACGGAGGUUUCGGAUAUGACAGCAGUAGCGCCGGGGGAGUCGGGACGACGGACGAGUCCAACGAGACCGAGUACGAGCGGAUGCUGCGGUAUAGCAAGGCUGGAGCUACCACUCCCAUCUUGAAGGACAAAAUUACCACGGGGUCCAAUUUUAGGGUCGCCGAAGCACGCCAAAACAAAAAGCCCGCAUUUACAAUCAUUAACGAAUUCCUGCCCAAGUCGAGUUCGUUCGACGUAACGACUGGUCCAUUCAUGCCCUACCAAGCCAAACAUCGCCUCGCGGCUAACCGGAUUCUGUCGGCCAGUUCAGUGGGAACGUACGGUGCGGCGUAUGGUUAUCAGAACCGUACCGGUCACACCCUGGAGCUGCCAUCGGAUGACGGUAGCAGCAUGCUACACCACCAGCGACGGUUCAGCCACUCGGAGGUGUCCCUCAACUCGGAGGGACGUCGGAAAAAGUCCACCGGGAAGAAAGACUCGCCGAAAAAGAGUGGCAAGCGGAAAACAUCCGUCGUAAAUCCGGGUCGCAAGCAGCGCGGUGUCCUCGAGGUAGUCACCAAAUCUCCCAAAAAGCACGCCCGUGCUAAAAGUGCCAAACUGACCGUAACGGGAGCCUCGGACGACGGGCGGUCGCCAACGCCGAGCGACCAAAGUGACCUCAUCGACAUUCCCGAGCAUCACAUGCGCCAUAUGAAGCUGUUUUCGUACAAACCUUUUUCGCGGGGACCGAUGCUGUCACCGGUGCCGGACAAAAGCUCGAUGGAGAACUCGCAGGUUGAUCUGAAGGAGGAAUCGCCGAAGAAAGGGAAGGGAGGGGCUCUUCGAGCGCCUGUCUUCAACAUCCGAAGUCUGCUGUCCCCGGGCAAGUCGAAAGCAAAGGAAGAAUCACCGGAACCUGCGGCAGGAGCUUCUCCCGGUGGCAAAACGGGUUCGUUGGCGUUUUCCUUGCUUGGAGGUUUGAAAAAGACGGAGGGCGGCGCAGUCACCAAAGAGUCGGAAGGCUCUCCCAAAAAGAAGCGUUUCAACCUGGCCCGAGCCAUCAUCGACUACGGGAAGAAGACGGAGGAUCCGCCACCACCGCCGGAGAAGAAGGCGGAUUCGCCGAAGAAGGUGACGCGGCCGGAAGUGAAGCGCGACGGCAAGCGGAAAGACUCGGAAGGGAAUCGGGUUAAGGACGGUGGGAAGAAGGGGAAGGGCAAGGGCAAGGUGAAACCGAAAAAGAGCAAGUCGGGUGGUUACGACGAUGACGACGAUUACUACGAGGAGCAGAAACCGGUGAAGAGGGGGAUGCUGAGGGGUGCGUUGAACCUGGCGUCGAGCUUCACCUCGAAAGGGGGUGGUAGUAAAAAGGGGGCGGCUGCUGCGUCGGAGAAGACACCCAAGAAGUUGCAACGGGUUGGUAGCAGUAAACGGAUGGCGGAGAAGAGUGCGACCGGGGGAAGGACUGGCGCAGGUGUGAAAAGUGGGAAGGCGUCGGAUCGAGCAGCGGAAAAAAGUGCCACUUCGAGGGGCGGCAGGGCGGCGCUUAAGUCGGCUACCGGUUCCCGAGGGGGCAAGCCACUGAGAAAGAGCAGUUCGGCGAACGCCCUGAACGUAGAUAGUGUUAAGAAAUUGAAUCGUUUGUACGAGAAGAACGCCAAAGCGGGUGCGGCUGCGACUACCGGGAAGGCGGGUCUUCUCAAGGGGCAGGACAAAAAGUCCCGCCAGUCGAGCGAUUCGCUGCUGAAAAAGUCGGACAGUAGAGGAGAAAUGAAGCAAAAGACUGGAAGCAAAGAGAAGGAGAUUCAGAAGCGGGACUCGGAAAAGUCCCUCAAGAAGAACGACAGCACCAAGUCGAUUCUACGGACUGCAUCGAAGGCGUCCCUGUUCGGGAAGCGAUCUGACUCCAAGACGAGCCUGCAUCAAACUGACGCCAAGGGGGCAGCAGCUAUGGACAUGCCACCGGGAAGCAGCGGAGGAGCCGGAUCGAUGGUCGACAUGGGCAAGAGUCCCAUGAACACGCUGGGUGAAGCCCAACCGGAACCGGUCGUCAAAUCCACCCGCGCCACUCCAAACAAACUGCAAAGCAAGGGUUCCCUCAUCUCCCUCCUAAGCAUGCGUAGCAGCACCCGUAAACCUCCAGCGGAACCGGACUCCGCAGAUGGCGAAAAACGCGGCUCCCGCCCUGGCACCGCCCUCAGUCGUCAACACUCGGCCUCCGCCCGCAACGUUGCCGAAAAGGGCACCCCCAAGCACAGUGACCGCGACAUGGGAUCCCGCACCAGCAUCCGGGAGAAGCCCGGCAGCACCAAACCCACCCGCCGCGGACUCAGCAAAAACAACAGCCUUAUCUCGAUGAAGAGCAUCGCGCACGCCCGCUCUUUCACCAACAUACGGCCAACGCCCAAAGACGGCAGCGAAGCGCUCAACAAAAAGAACCACGAAUCGAUGCCGCAGAUGACCAAGGUCCAGGAGGGCUCGCAGGAGCACGACGACGGGGACGAGGCAGGAGGGGCAGGUGGGGGAGCGGGAAAAUCCACCACGACGGCGACGACGACGAACGUGAUGACCGUGGCCGGGGCCGGCGAAGGGGAGAAGGUGUCCAACGAGUACAUGGAAGGAGGCGGAGCGGCGGGGACGUCGGGAAUGAAUCCGGGAAAUCAACCAAGUGCCAACACCGACCCGAUGCAGAACGGGGAGGGAAGUGACGAAUUCAACGAGACUGGAAAAUCGAAAUGCUGUGCCUGUUGUGCACCGUGCUGGCACAAGACGUGCCUGCCGUUUAAGCGGUGCUUUGGCCGGUGUAGUUCCUGCUGCGGCAAAAAGGGACCUCCGCCGCCAGGGCCGGGUCCGGAAGCGAAGGGCGCAAAGCAGAAACCGGACGCCAAGUCGCGGAAGUCGUCCUUCUGGCAGAAGCUGAACUGCUGUCGGAGCUGCCGCCGCUCGAAGACGUCCCCGGCCGAGGCCCACCCACCGCCGGCGGCCACCCCGAAAAAGUCCUGCUGGCAGUCGCUCAACUGCUGCGCGAGCUGUCGCCGGAACAAGUCCCGCGAACUGGUGCCCCGCUCAUCCAUCGACAGCGAACCGGAGGAGAAAACGUCCCGAUGCCGGUCCUGCUGGAGUCGUCUGCUGUGCUGCAGUAGGUUCCGCAAGGGAGGAAAUCAGGAACGCCGCAGAAUGGAGGAGGAACCGGUCGAGAUGGAAACGGUCAAGUGUUGCUUCUGCUUCAAGCGCACCCGGCCCAAGCUGAAGCCCAAGCCCAAGAAGAAGAAGCCGGCCGUUAAGUCGAGCUUCAACUGCUUGAGCUGCUGCAUCAUGUGCUGUCCGAAGAAGGGUGACAAUGGCAGUCGAAGGACCAGCAAUUUGAGCAAGAAGCAGAGUAUCGCUCCGACCAUUCCUCCGGAGGAUCUUCGGCCCAAAAUCGACAUGUCGUUGGUGGAGCACUCCUCCAUGAUGCGUGGUGCUAUUCCGGUGCUUCCCAUUUGCUUGGCUUAUUUUUGUUUGUUUCUCAACGUUGUGAUACCCGGCUCCGGCACGAUCCUGUCCGGCGGGCUCUGUCUGUGCAUCGGCAAGCCACGCUUCUCGCAGCACGACUCCAUCAAGGGCCGCAUCGGGUCGUUCAUCAUCAACUGCAUCGUCGGAGUGUCACAGUGCUUCACGAUCAUCUUUUGCGUGGUGGGCUGGGGCUGGGCCAUCUGGUGGGGCACCAUCAUGCUGCGGCUGGCAAAGCAACACAGAAAGAUCCUGGAGAUGGAGGCCACCCAGGAGGAGGGCGAAGAGCAGACGACACUGUCCCAGCGAACGGGAGCGUCCAACGCGCCGGUGGCCAUGGUUGGCCAGAGUAACCGCCGGGACGUCGAAACGGGUCGAUAAUCACACUAGCUAACCAAUCUUACACCCCCAACAACCAAACUCCAAAUCAACACCACUAAAAACUCCGGGCACUCCGAACCAUAGUUUCUAAGAGGACACAAUUUCGGAUUAUUUUUUACCAGAAACAGAGAAAAAAUGUACGGUUUUUUCCUACAAAACUCA